GGUGGGGGGUCAUUAUGCACAGAGCUGAGCAGGCACUAACACACUGACCGCCAUACGGGAGAGAGGACUCACGUCGCAUUCCGCGUCCCCAGAAGCCCCCCUCCUGGUGGAGCUGGCGCGUAUAAAAACCAGUGAGUCGCCCCUCCCGGACAAAGUGAGGUCCAGUCCGGCCCGAGGCGUGCUCGUCCUGCGCUUUAUGGAUGCUUUAGCAGUCCAGCGUCAUCAUCCUCAGCUCUGAAUCUCUCAUUGUUGGGAUACAGGACAACUGUGACCUCUCUUCCCUGUUCAGACAGUGGUACGUCCACACAUUGUUCACUAUAGAUUCCAAGGAGACCUAUCAUGGCGAACCGAGGGCCCAGUUACGGACUGAGCAAGGAGGUUCAGGAGAAGAUUGACCAGAAGUAUAAUCCUGACCUGGAACAGCGCCUGGUGGACUGGAUAGUUGCACAGUGUGGAGGAAACCUGGAGAAACCGCAGCCGGGCAAGCAGAACUUCCAGCAAUGGCUGAUGGACGGAACGAUUCUCUGUCGACUCAUCAACAGUCUUUAUCCGCGGGGCAAAGAACCCAUCAAAAAGAUUGCUGAGACCCAGAUGGCCUUCAAACAGAUGGAGAAGAUCUCCCAGUUCCUGCAAGCAGCAGAAGCUUAUGGAGUCACAACCACAGAUAUUUUUCAAACUGUGGACCUCUGGGAAGGAAAAGACAUGGCAGCAGUGCAAAGAACCCUGAUGGCUCUGGGGAGUUUGGCUGUCACAAAGGACGACGGCCAAUACAAAGGUGACCGAGACUGGUUCCACAGGAAAGCCCAGGGGUACCGACGAGAGUUUACCGAAGAGCAGUUGCGCCAAGGACAGAGUUUGAUCGGCCUGCAGAUGGGCAGCAAUCGCGGCGCUUCCCAGGCUGGCAUGACAGGCUACGGUAUGCACCGUCAGAUCAUGUAGACCCCCCUCUACACCCCCUCUACUCCUUGAUCUCAGACUUUUUUUUCUACUAAUACCACAAAUGUUGUAGCCCUCCAGAAAAAUUCCCCUAAGCUUUGCCAUACCUGCCAUGUUAACCUCAACUUCCCUGGAAUUGCUGCUUUUGCCCAACACUGUUUAUUUAUUUUACUUCUUAAUAAAAUGAUGUCAUCUAAACUAUAGAUUUAUGUCUUCAUGCUUCUUCUAUGAUGUUCUCUUUUUUUGUUGACUUACUUCCAUAUUAUACUAUUUGAUUAAGCAAUGUGUAAUUUUUACUUAUUAAGGAUUUUAAUAACAUAAAAUACAAGCCAUCUGUACUGUACACUUGUUUACAGUGAUACUCAAAGGGACUGUUAAGGCAUGCUGUAUGUAUUGUUAUUUAUAUAUUUCCUAUAUUUUAGAGCUCAUAGAGUUCUCUGUUCCCGUGUAAUUAUUUAGCCUUAAUGCUAGCAAGGCUCAAUCAGUGAUGAUGUCUCCGCUGUCUUGUCUGAAGACUUGUUGCAGUAUCUUUUGUAACCAAAUCAACCUCACGUUGUGCCUGGUUAUGGGACUUCAAAGGCUGGGUCUUUGAUCUGCUGGUAUUAAAUUAUAGAUGAGCGUCAUUUGUUCUGAGCCAUGCCCUUGUUAGUUAUCUGUUACAUAUUUGUUAAUGCUGUGUCUAAUAUGUGCACGGUGUAACAUGUGAAUGUAAAGUAGCCAACACGUAUGACCAUAAAAGGUUUAUGGUGCCAUGUAAACAUGUUGCUUGAAUGUGCACUGUUUAUGUGUGUUCUGUUUGUAUUUUGGAAUUAUAUUUAUAUCUGGAGGUGUGCAAGAAGGAUUACUGGUAAAAUAAAGUAUAAAAAGUA